UGUCGAUAAGCGGUGGUGAUAGUGGCGAGUGAGUGCAGCGACACGGCUGCCUGCUGACCGCGAGCAGUGGCCGCCGCGCGAUCUCUGCCGCCUCGCCAGUCGACACUUGGCGACCCACAGGCGCUGACCGACGAGUGUCGCCUUCUUGUGAUCCCUCACCAACCGCUACCAUGGCCGGGACUGUGGACCUGGACGCGAUACUGCUGGAGCUCGGCCAGUUCGGCCGCUACCAGAUCAGAAACUAUUGCUUUAUCCUCCUCGUCAUCCUGAUGAGCGCUGUCUACAACAGCCAGUACAUCUUUGCUGCUGGAGAAGUGUCUUACAGAUGUAAAGUACCAGAAUGCGAGUCGUCACCUCCUGAGUUCGAGGCAGGCAGCUGGGGCACGUUUGCGCUACCCGACGCUGGGGCGCGCUGCAACCGCCUCGUGCCGCUGGGGGAGGAGUGUGUGCCUUCCAGCUUCAGUGCCAACGAGACCAAGAAGUGCCAGUCUUGGGUCUAUGAGAACCAGAAUACAAUUGUACCUGAGUUCGACUUGGCAUGUCAGGAAUGGCUCCGCACGCUGGUGGGCACCAUACACGUGGCUGGCGUGUUCGGCUCGCUGCCCGUCACCGCCUACAUAUCCGACGCGUAUGGAAGGCGCACAGCUCUGGUGAUCACAGCGGUCUCUCCGGCGGUGGUGGGAGUCAUCCGAGCCUUCUCCAACUCCUACAUCAUGUACAUCUGCUUUGAGUUCCUAGAGGCCUUCGUCGGUGCCGGCGUCUACAGCACUGCAUUCAUUCUAGCUCUUGAGAUGGUGGGCUUAGACAAGCGUGUCCUGGGAGGUAACCUCAUCUCCAGCACCUUCGCUCUGGGGCAGGUGGUGACCGCAGGUGUAGCUUGGCUGGUACCCUACUGGAGGACCUACACCCUCGUGCUCUAUGCCCCAUCAGUGCUCUUCAUCUCAUAUUACUGGCUUAUUGAAGAGAGUGUGCGCUGGUUACUCAGUAAGGGGCGAAACAAGGAAGCUGCCAGAAUUAUUUUCAAAGCUGCGAAAAUGAAUGGAAAGAAGUUGUCUCCCGAAACUAUUAGAACACUGACUGAAGAGCCGGAACAAAAGAAAUCCACUCAGACGGAUGAGCCGGAGGAGCCAGUAGACAAGCGAUCCAUUCUACUGCAGGUGGUGAGGUCUAGGACGCUGAUGUUCCGUCUGAUUGUGUGCUCGUUCUGGUGGAUCACGCUGACGUUCGUGUACUACGGGCUGUCCAUCAACUCGGUGUCGCUGGUGGGCAACAGCUACGUCAACUACAUCCUGACGUCGCUCGUAGAGAUCCCUGGGUACUGCCUCAGUGUGCUCACACUCGACAGGUUCGGCAGGAAGAGCUCCACCAUGACAGCGUUUAUCAUUUGUGGGGUAUCAUUGAUAGCGAUGCCUUUCGUACCAGAAUCAAUACCCUGGCUGCAGACGACCUUGAAUCUACUAGGCAAGCUAUGCAUCAGCAUGGCAUUCAGCAGCAUCUAUAUCUAUACCGGAGAGCUGUUCCCCACGCAGGCGCGCCACCGCUUGCUCGGCACCUGCUCCAUGGCGGGCAGGAUUGGAGCUCUCGUCGCGCCACAGACACCUCUGCUGAUGGCAUACGUAGAGUCGCUCCCCUACUUAAUAUUUGGCAUCAUGGCGGGCACAUCUGGUCUACUCAUGAUGCUAACGCCGGAGACCUUGAAGGCCAAUCUGCCCGACACCGUAGCGCAGGCUGAGAAUAUGGACAAGAAAAAGACUACUGCGCAUUAGCAUAGGAAACAGCACCUUAUUGGUUAUAACUUAAGAUAGAUCUUAUAAAAAUAAUGCAUUUCAAAGACAAGUACUUUUAGGCAAAGGGGAAGUAAAUAGAUUUCUUAUUUGUCAAGCAUGCAUAAUAAUGUAUUUAUUGUAGGUUAUU